CUGCUCAACACAAGCUCUUCGGCGGUGACGUCACGGCAGGAUGGGGCGGGGCAGAGCGGGCUGUGGCGCCGGGAGAUUCGAUCCCUGACCGCGGGGUCCUCACCGCAUCUCCUCUCCUGCAAAGUAACCCCGCUAACCCCUUUAACGGUUCACCAUAGGACCCGUUUGAUUCGUGUCUUUGCCCCGGGGCCAUGUUGUUACUCUUCGGGCUCCUCUGGAGUGGGAUCGGUAGCCGGUAACCCGUCUCUUCCAUGCAGAUGGAGGCCAUGGAGGUGGACUCCCCAGGGGAGGUGCAGGCAGGAGGAGGCCCAAGGCAGCGCGCAGUUAAUGCGGCAUCGGACGCCGACGCGCCGCACGUCAUCUCGGACUCCGGCAGCAGCAGCACCGAGGUGGAUGAUGACGAGGAAGGGGGGCGGCAGACGGCGGCGCCCCCCCGGCUUCCUGCCACCUGGGCCUUCAGUCAGCGAGCGGCGAGCAGCUCGGCGGCCCCGUCGACAGCGCGGCGCAUACGGAGGAGACUCAGGCAGGGCCUCAGGGUGCACUACCCCAGCCAGACCGCCGCGUCCUCCCGCGGCUUCCCGGACUUCCUGCUGCGGGCGCCAGCCGCCGGCGCGGCCGAGCCGGAGUCCGGCAGCACCACCGAGCUCAGCGAGUCCGAAGGCGAGGAGGGCGGACCUGGUGGAGGCCUGCCCGCUGCGCCGGGGGCCAUCGACCCGCCGCCCGCCGCCGGUCCUGCUGUCAGCGCCGCCGUCCAACCGCCCCGGCUGCAGGAAGUCGCUCCGACCGACUCCAGGUCAGCUGCAGGUGGCCACGGGACAGAAGCUUCAAACCAGAACGUCCAGGCGGUUCCCUCACAGGUCACCCAGACUUCGGAGGAAGGCGACGUCUGCUCCAUCUGCUUCGAGGCGUGGACCACGGCGGGCGAGCACCGGCUGUCCGCCCUGCACUGCGGUCACCUCUUCGGCUCCACCUGCAUCCAGCGCUGGUUGGUGGCUCAGGGUUCGUCCGCCAAAUGCCCACAGUGCAACAAGAAGGCGAAGCGUUCGGACAUCGUGCUGCUCUACGCUUCCAAGCUGAGGGCGCUCGACAACUCUGAGCAGGAGACCUUGAAGAGGUCUCUGGAGCAGGAGCAGUCUCUGCGGAGGAAGGCUGAACUGGAAUCAGCGGAGUACAAACUGAAGCUGCAGGUCGUCAACAAUAAAUACGGACAAGCACAACAAGAGCUGCAGGAGCUCAGGUCUCUGAUGGCCGGCCGCAGCUCGCUCUCCUCCGGCUCCUCGGGCCCCGGCUGCAGGGCGUCCCAGUACGGCUUCUCCAAGGCGGUGCUGGUGUCCCAGACCGGAGGCUCCAGGGUCCUGUCCUACUGCGGAGCGCUGGGCUGCCUGCUGGCCUCGCAGCCGUCGCCGCACGCCACCCUGGUACCAGGUUGUGGCGUGAAGAAGGUGAGCGUGGCCAACAUGAAGACGAGUCAGUACGUCCCCAUCCACGCCAAACAGAUCCGAGGUCUGUGCUUCAACCGGCAGAACGACAGCCUGCUGCUGUCGGCCGCUCUGGACAACACCCUCAAGCUGACCAGUCUGCUGACCAACACGGUGGUCCAGACCUACAACGCCGGGAAGCCCGUGUGGAGCUGCUGCUGGUGUCUGGACAACAGCAACUACGUGUACGCGGGUCUGAGCAGCGGCUCCGUGUUGGUGUACGACACCCGAGACACCAGCACGCACGUGCAGGAGCUGCAGCCGCUGCGCUCCAAGUGUCCCGUGGCGUCGCUGUGCUACGUCCCGCGGGCGACGUCCAGCGCGUUCCCCUGCGGCGGGCUGAUCGCCGGCUCCCUGGAGGCCGCCUGCUUCUGGGAGCAGGUCAACGAGGCCACGUACCGGCCGCACGCGCUGCCGCUGGAGACCACGGGCUGCACCGACAUCCAGGUGGAGACGGAGAGCCGCCACUGCCUGGUCACCUACAGGCCAGGGCGCUCCCACCCGACCCUGCGCUGCGUCCUGAUGGCGCUGACCCGGACCCCCCAGCAGGACUCCGCCCAGCUGCCCAGCUGCUCCUACUCGCCCGUCCAGACGUUCGGCGCCGGCUCGUCCUGCAAACUGCUCACCAAGAACGCCGUGUUCAAGAGCCCCCAAGGGGGCGGGACCCUGGUCGCCGCCGGCGACGAGGCGUCCAACUCCACCAUGGUGUGGGACGCGGCCAGCGGCUCUUUGCUCCAGAAGCUCCCGGCCGACCUGCCGGUGUUGGACAUCAGCCCGUUCUCUGUGAACGGCGAGCACUUCCUGGCCUCGCUGACGGAGAAGAUGCUGAAGCUCUACAGGUGGGAGUGAAGGAGGACGACGCCGAUAGAGACGCACACACACACGCACACACACACAGAGUCGAUGCGGGAGGAAACAAACAUUUCGUCUCGUCCGGCGACCUUUGACCUGCACAGAAAGUUGGACGCGGCCUGGAUUGCGUUCACACAGGUCAAAGGUCAAACUGUGUGUUUGGAUCUUCAUCUCGGCCGUCGUGAAGCGCUGAGACGUUUUAACUCGACUGCACAUCUUCGUUUGGUACUGACUGAAGAUCCUGCGUCACAGGGGAGCCGCUCGUUUUCUUCUAGAACGAAGCGUGAAAAAUGCGCAACAUUUUUCAUCAUCCUCUUUCUUCUGGAUGGACCUUCUGGUCUAAAGAAUGAAGAUCUUCAGUCACAUCAGAAGACGACAAAACGUCGGCAGGUAUUUAAACCAAAGUCACUGGUUUGCUUUGUGCGUUUAAACAACUUAAACAACAUAAAAGGACGCUAACGAUGAAAUGCCAAAUCAGCCUCCUGGUGUCAUUGAAGCAAAGGUUUGUUCUAAUGAAACCAGUCAAGAUGGAAAUAGAUGCGAUAGACUUUCAAACUAUGAGAAGUUGCUGCUAUUGAAAGUCAAUAAAACGAAUCCUUCGAGUGCAGCGAAAAACUCACUAAACAAUAAACAAAGAGAAAAUCUUUCACUUUGCACAAAAACAAGUGAAGCUACUUUGAAGAUUUUAUCCAAGAAAACCUUUUUCCCAGCUGUCACCUUCCUUUUCUCACCUGUUUUUUCUCUCAGGGUUUCUGUUUAUUCCUUUUUUAUUUCUUUUUAAUUAUAUACAAAGACACUUUGGGAUGAACUCCCCACCAACACUCGCUUUGACCGACUGUCUAAAGGAAGUUGGAAAUGUCGGCCGUUUGCGAAGUUUCGCACGCCGCUACGAGCGGGACCCGGUGAGGUUUAGAAGGUCAAAGGUCAAUGAGGUAAAACAUUCAACUCAUCUGGUGGAUUCAUUUUGAUUUGAAUUCAGAUUAAAGUUUCUCUGAGUUAUUCAAACAUUCUUCUGUUACAUCAAGCUUGUCGUGUUUUCUUCACGGUUCAUUGAAAGACUUUAAACUCUGAACCGAACAUUAAGUGCCAAACGACUGCGGUUUGCUCUACAGUUUCACUUUCUAAAGGAAGUUGUAUAUAUGUAUAUUUGCUACCAGUUCUUUGUGUACGAAAUUAAUAAAGAUUAUGGGUUAUUUUUAAUGAAA